CUUGUUCUUACGUACCCGCUUGUGCAAUUCCUUCUCUCAGCCUCAAUAAUCACAAACAUAUCCCUCAAAAUGUCCACGGAGCCAACAAAGCAGUCAAUAUAUCAGUCCCUUCGUAACUGGGGAGGUUCGUCAUACCUACGCUUAAUUCCAUUACUGCACACCAGAUACAAUCAAUGCCCUCUAUACCACCACUCACGUGCCCUCAAUCCAAUACCCCCAAUAUCAAACCUCAUUUUCCAUCUACCAUGAUCUCUUCCCCGAUAUGUUCUAUGCAAUUAAUCCGUUCUCAACUAACCAAACUACUCACAGAAAACUCCGUCCCGCCAACCCUCUUAGCAACACUAGUAACAGCUCAACAUGCCCGACCUUUCCAGCCACUCCCCAUGCUCUUCCCGCCUAUCCUGCUCUUCUCCUCCUACCUCAAUCUCUCUGAUUACAAGACCGAUGCUGCGGGGAUCACGGCGGCGUGGAGUGGAUUGUACGGUUUGCUUGCCCUGAGAAGGAGACAGGGACUGAAGAACAAAUUCACUGUUCGUGGUGUCGUGCGAGGUGCGUCGUUGGGAUUGUGUGCUGUCAAUGUUGUUGGGUGUGGAUUGGCGUACGUCUUUGGACGGAGGGAAAGGGAGGAAGAGAAAAAGUAAGAGCUUGGAAUCAUUCUUUGAUGGUAUCGAAAAUUCUAUGAUUGUAUCAUACUGUAUGAUUUAUUGUGACGUAGGUUCGAGGGUCGAAAAAUAUCAAAUACGCGCCGCAAGUAUCACCGCUUUCAAUUCAUGCAAUGAUUGACUGUGAUAUAAUUGCAUACGAGCUUCGUGCUCCGUGGACUCUAUACAUCAA